AUGAGUCGCUGGGCCAUCUUCCGGCCCAGCUGGUGGCGUGGCCAGCAGCAGCGCCUGGGCGAUGUCGAGGGCAACGCCAACGCCAACGUCAACGCCAACAUCGAUGGCGGCGGCGGCGACAAUGACAGCGACCGCUGCCGCCGCCGCAGUGGCCACCGCAGCAUCCGCAGCGGCGGCGGCGUCGGCCGUGGCGUCGUUUCAUUCGGCCCGUUCGCGGGCGUCACGGUCGUGGCUGCUCCUAUGGCGAUGGAGUUGAGCUUGGCUCCUGCCAGUGGAGUGACGAUAAAUCUGUUGCAACAAACUAAGGAGCAGGAGCAGCCCUAUGCAUGGAAGGCACCGAAGUGGUCUACCUCAGUGCAAAAUGCAUCUCGCUCCCUUCGAUCCGAUGUUUCUCUUCUUCUCAACAACCAUGAGACACACCAUACGCCACACACACACACUGACAGAGAGACAGACACACACACACACGCAUACAAGAGAGAGAGAGAGAGAGAGAGAGAGAGAGAGAGAGAGAUGGCUGCUGCCGGAGGUAUCGGCAGCUUGCACGGCGACAUCGUCGUGAACGGCUCCGCCGAGCUCGUGGUGGCCGCCGUGACUAACCUCACGGCGGCCGUCCUCGGGCUCGCGGAGGCCCACGCGGCGCAGCACCAGGAGCUGGUGCACAUGAUGGAGAGGCUGGUCAAUGCGACCGAGAACGCCGCCCGCAAGGGCUGGAUCGAGGUUGGUGGGGCGGUGGCCACUAUGGCCAUGGCGUUGUUUGCCGGCUUCGCCGUGCUGUUGGCGGCGCCCGUGGCCGUCCAGGCGCCGGUGGGCGCCUGGCGUGCCUGGAGCGCCUGGCGUGCCUCGCGUGGCCGCAGCGACGAGGAGGGGGGCGGCGGCCGGGGUGGCCAUCGGGGUGGCCGGGGUGGCCAACGGGGUGGCGGCGGCGGGCGUGGCGGCGGCGGGCGUCGUCGCCACGGCUUUUCGUCGCAAGACGACUAG